CUCCACUGGCACCGACAGCCUUGACCAGCGAUUCAUCCUGGCAGGACGCUAGUCUGCGCAGGUCCGUUCAUGGCUUGUUCGAGUGCUAGAGCGCUGUAGGUCCCUUUCCCUACGAUCAGACGCUCGAUAGUAGCAGCAUUGACAGGCUGAGCGUUGGUCGCACGGGUAGGGAAAUCGUUGACUCACCAGACGAGCAUUCAUCCCAAGCGACAAUACCGGAUUCAAGCUUCAGUUCAGGGAAAACUUCUCAUUGAUCGACCGCGAUGCCCGCCCCAUGCAUCAAACGAUCACGCCGCGGGAUAUCCCCGCCUCGCAACCUCGCCUUUCCAAUCCAGUUUCUGCCCGCCUUCCUCCUCGUCCUCGUCGUCCCCGCCAUUCCAGAUAUUCGCCCACGCCCAUUCACUCACCCCGCUACUACAAGACUUCUCCCAUUAACCCUAGUCCAAGCUCGCGAUGUGCACAUCGGCCAUAAUCAAGACAGCAAAUCCGACCUGAAAUCCCAUACAUCACAUUCCCGUCAUUCCGGCAAGCAUGCAUUUCACGUGGACCCAUCCGUACCGUCCGUUUACAAGGAGGGCGACGAGGUGGUGUUCGAAUGCCGCCACUCCCCGUCCGAUCCCUGGGGUCCGGGACCCCUGUGCUUCGAAUCCGGCCGUCCAUUGUCCGUCUUCGUCGGCGUCAACAUCUACCGUUACUGCAGCCUCGAGGUGCGAACUGCGGAGGCAUACGAACGAUUAGCGCAGCUGGUGCAGCAGGAGCUGACGUGGCAGUGCCGCGUGGCAGCGGAUCCCAGGAACCAAUCGUACGUGCCGCUUACCUUCCUCCUCAUGGGCUCUUACCACAGGCUCAAGGACAGAAGCAGCAGCAGCAGCGGUAGCUCCAGCAAUAAUACCAGUGACCACAGCAGCAGCAGUAGAUUUGGGGCCAGUGGAACACUAGCUCUUGGGACGGGAAGCCACGUAAAAGACAUACUUAGAGUAAACAACCGCCUCAACCUGGUCUUCCACGCAUUCAAGAACAGAAUCAUCGGCGCUGCGGUGUACCCAGUAGCGGACCACCUACAGCUGGUGAAGCAGGGCGGGCUGGUGGGACUGCACGGCUCUGUGGUGUGGUUUCACCACCACAGCUUCCAGACUGAGUCAAGUGUGGGGGUAGGGAAAGGAGGGGAGAGUGACUGGUGGUCGGUUUCAGGAGGGGGAGGCAGCUGGUCCAGAGAGGUGGGGAUUGCCAUGGCCAGUGGGUUCCUCUGCUCUCUCUUCACACUGGUGAUCGCUGUUGUGGUGUAUCAAGGGCAGCUGAAGCCGGCCAUAAUCAGGAAAUGCUUGAAGAAGGAGUGACAGGUUGAAUUUGUCAGGUGGUAGUGUGCAGUGGUCCUCUGAUGUACACGUCCAUCCUGCAUUUACAGCCCUCUGUGCUGGGAGAAAGUUAUGGUGUUGGGCUUGUUUCAACUCAUGGGUAAGAUCCACCAAACGAGCCUGCACAAAGGGUGUAUGAUUAGUCGUAUC